CUUUUCUCGAAACUCUUGCUAAGGAUUGGCUAUCGUAAAUUUCGAAAAAUCCCCAGCGUCAUACCUGACAGACGUUGGAUGGCUAUAUAACCAGAACACGUACCCGGCUUUAUUAGCUCGAUUAGGGAUCUAACCAACACUUCAACUUCACACAUGAAACCUGUAAUAGGAAUGGAGAGCGGGAAAGCAGAAAUUGUAACAGUGACUGGAAUGCCUGAGAAGGUGCCGGAGGAUAGAACUAAGGGAUGUUCAAGCAAAAGAAUUGCAGUCAGUGUGAUAGUUGGUGCAGUUACCUUGGCAAUUGUGGCAGCGGUCAUUAUUGUUUCUGUCUAUUUUGGAUCGAAAAUAGCAACGGACAGUUAUAAGAUGGCGCGCCAAACGUACAAAACUGAUGAUGGGGUAGUUGUUGAAGAGGAAACUAAAGUGACGGAAACAGAGGUGGACGUCCGAGUACCUAACGUGGCAGAAGUCAUUUAUGAUUUCAAAAAUGGGCUGGUUGUUCAGCGUUUUGCCAGCAGAGAAACAAAUGCUCAAACAACAUGUUACGCUCAAUACAUGAAUGAGACACAAGCCCCAAAUACAGAUCCUGAGAGGUAUUCCGAUGGAGAGAUGGAUCUUUACAAAAAAGACAGCGCUGAAGGAACGGAGAGCGUGAAAUGGAGAAUCACAAAUAAAGAGGUACCAGACUACAUGAUUUCUGAAAAUGUUGCAAGAAUGUGCGAGGGAACAAAGAUCUUCUGGAUGGAAAAGGUUCAAGGCGACAAAAUAAACAAGAGGGAGACAUGUGGCAACAAGUACUAUUACUACUAUUGCGUUUCUUACACAUACCCGUGUUCAUACUUUUGCCGUUUGAACUACUACUGUAGAGAUGAUCGCAGAUACUUGUACACUACUUAUGGCUUCUAUUGCCUGAACGGCUGUAAUCCAGGUCCAAACAAUCCAAUAUGUCCAUAAUACUAAAAUUAGCAGUCCUUAUUUUUCUACAUUUUGUGACAGGUCUGCAACUCAAUAGUUUAAAGCUAUAUGCUAAAACAUUUUUAAGAGUUUACUUUCUUAUCAAUAUCAAUUUAAAGUUGCAAUUAAGAAGUCGUUCUUGUCGUAUAUGCACAUAUGUUGAUGUUUAAACGCAACCUACGAAACAUCUGUAUUAAUUCCUAUAUGUAACAUUUUUAUACGCCUUUAACUUUUAGCUUUUGUGAAAUGCAGAUGAAUUUUACAAACAAAAAGGAUUUUCUUACAGAUUUGUUUUCAAAACUUUCACGUGCGUGUGAGUGUGUUUAAUAAACUUUACUUUCAUGAAUUCAUUCAACAACGUAAACGUCCGGGAAGCUUUUAUAAUCUCAUUUUAUCAUCAUUAUAUUAUUCCUUCUUACUGUGUUAUUAGUUAAAUGGUUUUCUAAAAUUGUACGUUCGAUUCAAUCAAAUUUGACAUUUUCCAAUGUUAGAAUUAUCUGAAACAAAAUAAUUCGCAUUAAGUAUCUUGCGUUUGUGUGUGGACUUUUAAACAGGACUACCGUGUAAACAAUGAAAUAAGUUUUAUAAGGUGGUAAUGUAAUCUCUGUUUGUGAUGUUACAUAAUGAGUAUGUGUUCAUAAUGCCAUUUUUUGCAAGAUUUUAUGUCAGAAUGUGAAGUUUGUUUACUGCUUACAUGUAUUCAGAAUAAAACUCUGCUCAGCUUA